AUGUUGCUCCAACUCUUUGCGGCAGCCGGCUUUCUUGUUAUACCCAGUGCCUCUGCACAGUCUGUCAUUCAUAGUGGUAAAGGGUUUGGCACAUAUUACUACGAUAUUGAGCAGGUUGAUGCGUGCGGAACCAAUUUUGAGGACCCAAACAGUGGCGGAGUUAUGUGUAGCUCUGCCACCCUACUCUCUCUUGAUCAGAUGAACACCAACUAUGUGGUUGCCAUGAACAACACUCAGCUUGGAGAAAAUCCCAGUUUAUACUGCGGUAAAAAAGUAAUUGUCUCGAUUAAUGGGCAGCGAUCCGAUAUGGCGCUCUUCAUAGGAGAUGGCUGCCAGCGCUGUGGUGUAGGCUCUUCCUUGAGCACUAUCUGGAACGCAGAGGGCGCUCCGGGUCUCGACUUCAGCUACACUGUCCUAAGCAAGUUAUCGGAAGGCAGCGCCUGUAGCGAUGGUCACGUUGCUGUUUCCUGGGAAAUUCUUGACGAGUCGAUAUACGAUUUCGAUGACAGCUCCUCCGGCUCUCUCUCGGCAUCUGGGUCCACUGAUUUUGACGCCGCCGCUGUUCAACCCUUGGCUCAAUCUGUGGCUCCGACGAUGACCGUUGCGUCAGAUGGCUGGUUGGACGUAUCGCCCACAACCUGUUCAGACAAUGUAUGGCGAUGCAGCGGGGAUGUGCUUGAACAGUGUAUUGGCAGUGCCUGGUCCCCUCGCGUUACUUGUGCCUCUGGUUCUAGCUGCCAAGGUGGCUCUAACCCGUACUGCACUUGA